GUGUGUGUUUUUUAUGAAUGAAAGGAUCCAGCCCGCUGAUGGUGGACUGAUUCCGGGAAAAAGGCGUUUAGCUUUCUAGUCCGUCUAAACACGGGCCGUGCUGCGAUAACGUAUGUCAGUCGAAAUACCGAAUCAGCGGUGAGAAUCGUGGACUGAUCCGUAUAUUCAGCUUCGUGUGAAAUCAGCAAAGAGGAGAAAUCAACACCAGGUUUCAGGGAUACAUAAAUCCAGACAAUGACUUCAGACGGCAGAGCCAGUAAAGCCCUGAAGGUGAAGAGGGAAUGCGGGGAGAACGUCCCAGUGCUGAGUGACAGUGAGCUCAUGUCGCUGUCGGUGCGCGAGCUCAACAUGCACUUGCGCGGUUUGUCACGCGAGGAAGUGCAGAAGCUGAAGCAGAGACGACGCACGUUGAAAAACCGCGGCUACGCGGCGAGCUGCCGAGUGAAGCGCGUGUCCCAGCGCGAGGCCCUGGAGCAGCAGAAGAAGGAGCUGCAGCGGGAGGUGGAGCGACUGGGGGCCGAGAACGCCGGCAUGCGGCGGGAGCUGGAAGGGCUGGGUGCCCGUCUCGCUGCCCUGCAGCGCUUCGCCAGAGGUCUGGAAUCCGGAGGAGGCAGUCUGCUGGCCACCACACCCCGUCUGAACACAGCCUCCGUCAUUACCAUAGUGAAGACACCGCAGCAGGUGCACACCACUAGAGAGCAAGGAGCAUCCUAGGGCUCCACAUGGAUACGCAGACACACAUAGGUACACAGUAUGAUCGCACAGACAGACAGACCAUGUAUACUCACAUAUACAGGAAGAAAAACAAGUACCAGUUGGGAAUUACAGAUUCACUUACAUAUAUAAAUG